CACGAUUUAGUGGUCUUUCCAAAUAUGUAUAUCUUACAUGUGAUCAGUGAAUUCACUCCAGUUCAAUAUUCAGAUGAAUUUAAAGUAGUCGAAAUCACCAGCGAGCGCCCAGUUCACAACUUUUGAAUUUUUGUAAAUGUCGAACUCAGACUUAUCAGGUCGCCAUGGCGGUGAGCUUUCAGGUGCAGCAAGCCCUGAUCCAGAGGAACCCGCUUUUGAGGACGAAUCCGCCGCCAUACUGGGUGAUGAUAAUCUUGAUGAAGAAGAAGAAUCUGGAGAGAAUUUAUUCGGUGACGAUAUGGAACGUGACUAUCGUCCUAUCCCGGAGCUCGAUGUCUAUGAGGCGGAAGGUCUUGCGGACCCCGAUGAAGACCUAGAGGAAUUAUCACCAAAUACUCGUGCUGAAGCUGAACGUGAAAUGAGACGACGGGACCGUGAGCGUCUGCUUGCUACUGGUGGACUUAGACGUGAUCUUAUAGCCGAUUUAUACGGUGAGGAAGAGGAGGAAGAAAUAAUCCCUGCGCGCCGCAGGCGUAUUGCGGAGAGAGUCGCUGCAGGUGAUGAAGGUGAUUUAGAACCUGAGGGUGUCCUGGAAAGCAUUGAAAACUUGGAGGAUAUGAAGGGGAUGUCUGUUGUUGAAUGGGUUCAACAACCUGUCACUCGUCAAGAAAUCAAAAACCGUUUUAAAGCAUUUCUCAGAACGUUUUUGGACGAAAACGAUCGGAACGUAUAUGCUGAGCGUAUAGUACAAAUGGCAAGAGAGAACAAACAUAGUCUGCAUAUUGACUACCAACACCUGGCAUCGGCGGAGCAAGUCCUAGCAUAUUUUUUACCAGAAGCCCCUCAGCAUGUCUUAGAGAUCUUUGACGAGGCUGCUCGCGAGGUCACAUUGACUCGGUUCCCUCGUUAUGAUAGGAUCACUAACCGAGUCCAUGUUAGAAUAAACGACCUUCCUCUCAUUGAGGACCUCCGAUGUCUUCGCCAUUUUCAUCUUAACCAGCUUAUCCGAACAUGUGGAGUAGUUACAAGCAGUUCCGGUGUUCUUCCCCAGUUAAGCGUAGUCCGCUACAACUGUACGAAAUGUGGGUGUCUUUUGGGCCCAUUCAUUCAAAACCAAACGGGCUCAGAAGUCAAGCCUUCUACUUGUCCAGACUGCCAAUCAGGUGGUCCAUUCGAACUAAGCAUGGAACAGACCGUUUAUAGAAAUUAUCAACGUAUCACUCUUCAGGAAAGCCCAGGCAAAGUUCCGGCAGGCCGUCUUCCUAGGUCUAAAGACGCUAUUCUUUUAGAUGAUCUUGUUGAUAGCUGCAAACCGGGAGAUGAAAUAGAGUUAACUGGCGUAUAUACACAUAGCUAUGAUGGGUCACUCAAUACCAAGCAUGGUUUUCCAGUCUUUGCAACUGUCAUAUUAGCAAACAACGUUGUUCGCAAAGAUGAUAAGGUCGCUAUGGGCACAUUAACUGAUGAGGACACAAGGGCGAUUUUGAAACUUUCACGUGAUGAAAGGAUUGGUGAUCGAAUUUUUUCUAGCAUAGCUCCAAGUGUGUAUGGUCAUGAAGAUAUUAAACGUGGCAUUGCACUGGCACUUUUCGGCGGUGAGCCUAAAAAUCCUGUAUCAUACCCGUAAUAGAUUUUUUAAUGUUACGGCUUUAUUUCAUCAAAAAUAAUUCAGCCAGCCCAAUAAUAUUUUCAUUUUCAAAUAGAUAUUUAACUAACAAUUUGAAUACCACAAAAUGGGUAUAUACUUAUUCAAUAUUCUGUUCAAUAAAGCAAUAAUACAAUCUAAAAAGAAAUUUCAAUAUGCCCAUAUCUAAAAAAAAUUUACAGCAAUCACAUAUUGUGCAACUUAUGAUGAAAUGAAAAUGUAAUUUAGAUCAGACAAAUAAUGAAGAAGGAAAUGUCAGGAAAAAAGUCAUAUUAUCAAUGCAUACAUAAAAAUCUACUUUAUGAUACUAACCUAAAAUCAUCAUAAGUUGGAACUCCUUGUUGAACAGCUCUAAUUUUUGCAUCAUUUUCAAGCCAAUAUCUAGAUUCUUUGGCAAUAGCUGAAUCCAUUUCUUUUUCUAAGUUAUUCAUAUUAAUACCCAAUUGUUUCAGAUAAUUAUCGUUUUGUUCAACCAUCUUUCGAACUCUAUUGUUAUACAGUACGAUUUAAAUAAUUUAAAAAGUCAAUAUACAUUAUACAAGUAA